GCAAUGCCAUCUCAUCUCUUAGUCUCACCCUGCAACUGCAAUUUGGUUUGUGACACUCAGAGGUGUAGGAAGACAACUUGUAAACAGCAUGGCUUUCAUGCGAGCCUUGUGCUUCGUCCUGUUGGUGGGUUUUACUGCGGCAUUUCAACCAGACUGCUCGUCGAAAUGCCCACCUAAGUGUCCACCGAUGUGGACCUUCUACAAUGGCAACUGCUACCGUUAUUUCGGCACCGUCAAGACCUUCGCUCAGGCUGAGAAUCACUGCAAGGAGUUCACUCAAGUCGGCCAGUGUCACCUGGCGUCCGUAGCCAGCGUUGAGGAGAAUUCUCUGCUGCUCACGAUGUUGAAGUCGGUCCGUGGGACUACUACAUCCAGCAGCAUGUGGAUCGGCUUCACUGACGUGGCAGAGGAAGGGAACUUCAUCUGGACAGAUGGGUCAGCGGUCGGCUUUACCAGAUGGAGAAGUGGCCAGCCCUGGAUCAAAGCUGGUGAAGCGGACUGUACCGAAAUGGUAAGCGGAUGGGAUGGCGAAUGGAAUGACGACCCAUGCGGCUCUACGAAAGCCUACAUGUGCAAGAUGGCAACUUCAAAGUAAAUCCCACCACAACGGACGACCACGGAGAUUCGUAAGAACAAUUUUGUAACAUCAAACCUGGAACAAAACGACACCAAGUCGAUGUCAUCGCCAUAAUCGCCAAACUGUUCUACCAAACGGACACUCUCUAACAGUUUCACUUUAAAACUAAACGGUUGAAUUUCGAGGUGUGGACUGCUGUCCGGCUACACAGUGAGAAUGAACUUCACACCUUCAUGGCUUACACGUUUAAGAACACACGCAUCCUUUCAAACAAUUUGGCUUUGACC